CGAACACGGCCAACGUCUUCCUUUAACUUCUGCCGCCUCGACCAAUAGCGUCACGAGGUAUCCUCAAAAGCUCGACGUUUGUAGUAGACUGCUAGCUAAGUAAGUAGCCACCCAAAGAAGCUAAGCACCGUCUGAUUUGGUUUCUCCCUGGGGUUUCAACGGUUUGGUUGAAAAAACAACAACAUUUGGGUCGGGAGACAGACGUUGUCCGUGUAACUGGGGCUGACACGGAAGAGGAGGGUUGUGUUGCAAUACGAAGCAGACAUCACCACUAGCUCCUCUUUGUUAAUUAGCUAGCUAAGUUCGCUAACUAGCCAGCUAAGCUGAUGGGAGUUCAUUCCUGUCUUUUGAGUAUACGCCUGAUUAUAGACUGGGAAAUCACGCUAGUGAACAGAAGAGGAGCUUCGUGUGUGAUUCAAAGUAUAUGGACAUAGCUAGAUAGCUUGCAAGCUAGCUACACCCACAGAUGUCUAUUGUGGCAAAGUUCAAUCUCUAACGUGGUUCUCUUGUUAGGCUCGCUAAUUAUUGAUUAUGGCAGGGGUAACAUGCAAGUAACCUGAUUGUUGUUGUCAUUGAGCUAUUUUGACAGCUAAGCCCAUCAACUGUAGUGGAGACAACCAGUUGUCAAGUCUCUGAACUCUCGUGCUUGUCCAUGAGACCACCCCAUGCAGGUUCCGGGAGAAGAAAUGCAUAGGACUAUAUGAAUUUUCAGGGACGUCAUUGAGAGCACAGGAACACCCACUUGUGUACAGACGUGUCAGAGAUUAAAUGGGUGCAAAGCUGUUUUGCUGGCCUCAGGGUUCUCCUGGCAUUGCCAUGAUGCUGAGAGCCAUACUCCUUACAGGCCUUCUUAGCUGGGCCAAUGGCCAGGAAGGUCAGGCCAUGUUACCUGAAGAAAAGAGCAAAAUCAGGGACCAGAUCGUUGAGAUGUUCGAUCAUGCCUAUGGCAGCUAUAUGAAAUACGCGUACCCAGCGGACGAGCUGAUGCCCCUGAGCUGCAGGGGGAGGGUGCGUGGUCUGGAGCCCAACCGGGGAGACAUCGACGACUCUCUGGGGAAGUUCUCCCUCACUCUGAUUGACACCCUGGAUACUCUGGUGGUGUUGAACAAGCUGGACGAGUUUGAGGAUGCGGUGAGGAGGACGUUGAGGGAUGUCAGGCUGGACAACGAUGUGGUGGUGUCUGUGUUUGAGACCAACAUCCGAGUCCUGGGGGGCCUGCUGGGGGCACAUACGAUGGCGGACAUGCUCCGUCAGCGGGGGGAGAGGAUGCAGUGGUACAGAGAUGAGCUGCUCCACAUGGCCAAGGAGCUGGGCAACAGACUGCUCCCUGCCUUUAACACCACCAGUGGCCUUCCCUACCCCAGGGUAAACCUGAGGUACGGGGUCCUUAAUCCCCUGUCCCGGACAGGCACCGAGUCGGACACCUGUACAGCCUGUGCAGGGACCAUGAUUCUAGAGUUCGCUGCUCUCAGUCGGCUGUCUGGGGAGGCCGUGUUCGAGGAGAAUGCUAGGAAAGCCCUGGACGUCCUGUGGGAGAAGAGACAGAGAGGAAGUGACCUCGUGGGCACGGUCAUUAAUAUCCACAAUGGUGACUGGGUCCGCAGGGACAGUGGUGUGGGUGCUGGCAUUGACUCCUACUAUGAGUACCUGAUGAAGGCUUACGUUCUGCUGGGAGACAACGUUUACCUGGAGAGGUUCAACACUCAUUACAGAGCCAUCAUGAAGUACAUCAGCCAGCCUCCGCUGCUGCUCAACGUGCACAUGCACAACCCCACGGUGAGCGUCCGCAGCUGGAUGGACUCCCUACUCGCCUUCUUCCCCAGCCUGCAGGUUCUGAGAGGAGACCUAAAGCCAGCCAUAGAGACCCAUGAGAUGCUCUACCAAGUCACCAAGCAGCACAAGUUUCUCCCCGAGGCUUUCACCGCCGAGUUCAGAGUUCACUGGGGUCAACACCCUCUGAGACCAGAGUUUGCAGAAAGCACCUACUACCUCUACAAGGCCACAGGCGACCCCUACUACCUCAGGGUGGGCCAGUCCAUAGUGGAAAAACUCAACGCCCAUGCCAGGGUGCCUUGUGGGUUUGCAGCUGUGCAGGACGUCCGCACGGGGGCCCACGAGGACAGGAUGGACUCGUUCUUCCUGGCGGAGAUGUUUAAGUACCUGUACCUUUUGUUCUCUGAGAAGAACCAGCUUCACUUCGACAUCGACGACUACAUCUUCACCACCGAGGCCCACCUGCUGCCUGUCUCCCUGUCCACCUCACAGCCGCCUUGUCGGGGCAACAACACGGAAGCGCCCACGGCCUUGGAGGAAGACCUGUUUACUUACUCCUGCCCCAGCACCCAGACCCUUUUCCCCAACAACCCCUCCUUCGCCAAGACCAUAAGGGACAGCUACAAGUACCUGACUGGGGUGGGCCGAGCCUUCCACGCUUCGCCUGUCAGGGGCAUCGAGCUGCCGCUUCACGACCACAGUAUGGAGCCUGUUGAGUUUCUGAGGGACAUGGGCAUCUCCCUCACCCCACUGAGCGAGGCUGGGGCAACAGGGACACCGGGGGAGGUACAUAAAGGUGUUUACAGGGUGAAACUGGUGGCAGAGGUGACCCAGACCACAGAGGAGGAAGAAGUAGAGCCCCUCCUCGUUCAGCUCAUAUCCCCCCCGUUUCUGGGUAGAACGGUCCUGACUGCAGGACCAGCUAAGUUUGGAAUGGACCUUACCAAGCAGGAGCACGGGGUGAAGGGCAGCAUCGUGAAGACCUCCCCUUACACAGCGUGUGGACCCAUAGAGAAUGCUGAGGAGCUGAGCGGGCACAUUGCCCUGGCACUGCGUGGCGACUGCAUGUUUGCUGCCAAGGCCCACAGGCUACAGGAGGCUGGGGCUAUCGGAGUGAUCUUCAUAGACCACCGGGAGGGGAGUAACAGUGCAGAGACGCCCCUGUUCCAGAUGGUGGGAGACGGAGGCUCCACUGCCGACAUCACCAUCCCCCUGGUGUUCCUGUUCAGCCAGGAGGGGGCGCUGCUCACCUCUGCUCUGGAGGACCACAGCAACGUAGACAUACUGAUGCUGCCCAAAGAGAGGCGGCUCGGUAAGACAACAGACAAAGCAGACAAGCCCCUGGGGAAGAUGAACAUCAAGUUCCGCCUGGCGGAAGAGGGGGAGCUGGAAGACGGAGAGGCCGGAGGCCCUACCCUGCAGUUUGUCCUGGAGAAGGGAGAGGUAGUGUUGAAGGAAGAGGAGUACAAACAGCAAGGAGACAGCUGCUCGACACCUGGAGACGAUCGUAUGCCAUGUUUCUACGGACAAACUGCUGCCUCGCCUCCCUGCCACAGCGCCAACGACCCCAAUACAGACCCCUGAUCUCAGUUAGGUUCCUCAACCCCCUCCCACUGACCAAGGGCCUGGGCUCCCCAGCACUGAUCCCCGGUCGGUGUCCAGAGGCACGUUGAUGUGCCAGAGAGGGCCCUGCUGCACGCUCUGGACUGGACUGACUCGAAAGGGGACCGUAGCAGUGUGACAGUCAAUCCCAUUGACUCACUCACUACCCCUUUUAAAAUCUGAGGGUGGUCUCGUACAGUUGAUAGGUAUUGGAACUGCAGUAUUUAUUAAUGUAUAGGAAGGGAUGGGCAUGGGGCAGGUAGCUAGUUAGUCUUACCUUGCUACUGUAGCCUCAAGCCAACUCCGUUGUGUUGUGGAGAUGACCGAUUUAGUCAGAUGAUUGUAAGAGAGAAUUGAUAACAACACAUUUCAGAGAAAUAGCUGAGGUAAGCGUGAGAGGGGAUAUUGGGCUGGAAUGGGGAACCCACUUUGUCUGAGGCCUUGUGUUUGAGUCUCUGUACUGUAGGCUAGAUUGUGUUGAGCAGCUGCACUGACAAGGGGAUUGCUUCACUGUCCCCGGUAACAAGUUGGUAUCCCGUCAAUUCAGUGGCGUGUGAGUGAAUUUACAGUGUGGCUAGUAGUGUUAUUUUGAAGAUGAAUAGGUGAGGAAUGGGCUCUCCUGACCAAAGGGAUGUGUUAACACUCACAAGAAUGCUUUUAGGAGAAGGAUAAGGCGCCAUUUUGGGUGAACCAAUGAGUUCAAUUUUAUUUAUUUUGUACUGGUUGCUACAUCAGGGAAAUGUAAGAGUGGAAAAGAAUGUGUGUGUGCAAUCGUCACUACACUACCAAAUCGAUACCUUUUAUCGAC